UUAUUUUAGUACGGCCGCCUUUCACGGUUAAGGCGUUGUUAGGUGGCCUUCGUGUUGCAUUGGAUGUGGACAAGGAACAGCGUUUCAAUUUUGCCGUCUUGCAUCUGCUGCCACUUCUACUCGUGCGUUUGGGAACGGCGAUGAAGCAGCGCACAAAAUGCCCGAGGAACACGGAGAACGAUGAAGUUUCCACGGAGGGAAAUGGAACCUACGAAGGAUACUGAUGGGGCUGGAGAGAACUUCAAUUGCCAUUCUUUUUGGGUUAAUAAUCUCCCUGGCGGCAGCGCAGAAUGACAUCAGAAUCUGUCGGGUGGCUCCUCACUGGCAGAUUGGCCGUCAAAUACCAAUGGAGGAACAGUCUGGACAAAUUACCGUGGUGGCCCUUCUCAAAGCAAGCUGAUGGUUCUGUCUAAAGCAGGCUGCCGUAUUAGGCAAAUUGCGUGACAAGCUUGUCCAUCAGGGCCUAACGGGCAUACAUUACAUGAUUGUGAACGAUAAAGCAUCUGAAUCCAGGAUCCUGUAUUGGAAACUCAGAUCCAGCGCUCCCAAAGAUAUCCCUGUUUACCAGCAACAACUAUUUCAACCUGAUGUUUGGCGUAUCUUGGGGGGUGUCAAGGAUGAUGUCUUUGUCUAUGAUAGAUGUGGUAAAUUGACCUUUCAUGUCACGUCACCACGUAGCCAUUCAUAUUUCCCCUAUGUUGAAGCAGCAAUUCGAGCCACAUACAACAGGGAUAUCUGUGGGUUCUGCAGAUUCAAUAACAACACACUGGAGACGGUCUCAUCACCCUCUACAGAACCAAAUUAAUUCGAUCUAACAUCACGGGUUUGAAACUGAGGCUUUUGAAAAUCGCCUGCAUGAGUGCCAUAUGUGACCAACUAAAUCUUAACAGGAGCCUAUUAUGAAAAUACUCAACUUCAUUUCAGUGGCCUUAACUGCUUAGAUGCCAAUGUUGACCCUAACGGGGUACUAAGUUUUGUUUCAGAAACCUAGUUUGAUAUUAACUAUCUCGAAGCAAUUUAAUUUAUAUUUGGGAAUCUCCGACGACUGCAGUCUAAUUUGGUUAAGCUCUGUUGACUGGUCUUUUGAACAACUUUUUUCAAGGUGUGCCUCAAACCAGAUAGCCCUCUGAAUAUAGGAAAACCAGUGUGAUCUCAGCUGAAUACUGCCUUUUGUCAUGCAUCCCAUGUAUGUGGUAUGAAUCAGUGCUAUGUGGAAUGAACAGGGGCUAAGAAUAAAUCAGAUUCUAACCUUUUAAGCCAGUAUAAAGUAAUUUGUAAAGAAAGAGGAACACAGGGAUGUCCCAUUUCUUGUUAUCCACAGACAUAACUAUGAAUAUUCAUUAUGGGAGUGGUGGGGGGGGGAGUAUUGCAGGAGAAUUUGCAUUGCCUUGGCAGAAAUGCUGCAAGAUAAAGUAUGUAUCAAUAUUUUGAUGUUGGCUUUACGUGUACUAUUCAGUGUGAGUUAUUCCUCUAGUUUUAUUGUGCUUAAUGAAGUCUUUGGUUCAAACUAGUUACUAGUAACUACAGACUGACCACUGCACAAAAAGCUUAAAGGAAAAGUUUUUAACUGACUUGUACAGACUGCUAGCAUCACUUAGAACAUAAGACCAUAUGAAAUUAAAGAAAGUAGGUCACUUGGUUCCUUGUGUUUGCUCAGCCAUUCAAUAAGAUAACGGAUGAUUCAAGUGUCUAGGUCCAUCUUCCCGCCCAUAAACUUCGAUUGCCUUACUAACUUUGGGGGGGGGGAGGGGGGAAGAAAAAAACUAUCCGUUCCAUCGCAGCUUUGAACAUAAUCAAGGAUUCAGCCUCCAUAACUUUCUUGGGCAAACAAUCCAAUAGGGAUUCAGCCCUUUGAGAAAAAUUCUUGCUCACCAAUUUUGUAGUUAGCCCUUAAUUCUGCGAUUUUUGCCCUCUGCUAGACUAACCAGUGAGGGCAACAUUCUACCAGCAUUUACCCUAUAUUGUGCUAAGAAUGUUGUAUGUUUCAAUAAGAUCAUCUCUCAUUUUGUUAAACUUCAAUGAUUGUCAACUUUUCCUCCCAACGCAAUCCCUGCAUACAUUCCUGAAUUGACUCCAUAUAUAUAUAUUUCUUCAAAUAAGGGGAGUACAUGGCGCCCUUUAAAUUUUGGUAAGAUUUGUAUGUGCAUUGCUUUGCAAUAAAAGCCAGCAUUAUGUUAGCUUCCUGACUGCCUACUUUAGCUCUAUGUGAGCUUUGUGUUUCAGAAGAGUAAAUGUCCCUCUAAAAUCCUCCAUGUCCCACACCCCUUUUACGGUACAUUGUGGUUCGAACAAGAUUAUAUGAUAUAAAUGAAGUACCACACACUGACUUUUCCUCUAUAAUAACCUUGUGAUAAUUUCACUUUUAACCAUAACCACAAUUUUAAUUGACAUUAAUUUCUCUGUCUGACACUGAAUGCAGCUUAUUCUGGAGAUCACUCGGAGAAGCCUGAUCCAAGUUGUACAGGUGAUCAUGCUUCACAGCAGAUCCCCUGCAAUCUGCCUUCUAACUUUGAAUAUUAUGUGUAUGUAAAGUUCAUAACUGUACAUGAUUUUGAAGAUAACUCGUGAUCAGAGGAAGGAAUCUAUUUCUAUAUGUAUGGGUGAUCAGUCAUUGUUUCAUUAUAAGCUUGUUGAAUUUGGACUGAAUCCCCCUUAUUUCCAACAAACACGCCUGAUAAUUUGAUUGUCACCCCUUCCCACUAUGAUUGUAGCAUCUUUUUCUUGAUCUUGUUCAUUUGCUGCUGGUCUGAGAAAUGAUUGCUUCUCACUCCUGUAUCUGUGAGCUUGGCUAUUUUCCUUUCAAGGCAAGGUACUCUGGUUUUAUCAUUAUCACACUGUGUUCUGAUAUGGAAAUAGUUUGGUUUAUCUGCACUUCAAAAGUUGCUGAAUUAAUUUCAUUCCAGCUACAAUUUGAGCAUUAACAUUUCCAAAGGCUUUGAAUUCAGGUUUGGUGAGACUAUGCUGUUAUUUUUUUAUGGAUUUGUGAAUCUUCAAUACAGCCAAAUCAGAUCACUGCGGUUCUAAGAGGGGCACGGGCAGUUCACUUCCUUCAGCUCACAACUUAUUUUAACAAUUCAUCUGGCUUUUCAUGGCAUGUUUGUAAAUAAAACUUAAUUAGCUUUUAGUCAUUUUUGUUAAGUGGAAUAGAUGUGUUCUUGCUAUUUAGAUAAGUUACAAAUGCAUUUAGAAAGCGGUUGUUUCUAAUUUACUAAUCUCAAACACUUUACUUUUUCAUUGUCAACCUUUUUAUUUGGUUUAGUUCCCUCCUCUGGUACAUUUACGCCUUUUUCUGCUGUGCCUGAAAUCUUGGCAGCUAGGAGAUGAUUUGCAUAUUUCGUUACAUUCCUGUAUCUCUCAGCUUAGUUGAAGAUCUGGGACUUUAUGGGCGGUGGAAACAAACUCAAUCAAGCAUUUUAAAAGGGAGUUUCCCAUGUGCUUGAGGGGAAAAAUAACUUGCAAAGCAAUGGGGGAAAGAAUACGAUUAAAGUACUUUUUUUAAAAAAGGGAAAUAUACUUGGGUGUGCUGAAUAACUUCUUCCUGAGUCAAAAUAAUUUCAGGAAAGCCAGAGCAUUCUUGUGACUUACACAAGAUCAAUAAUUUAGUAGUGUCUGAUACCAAAUUUACAAUGUUAGUGCUUUGCUAAAAUUAUUUUCCCCUUACUCAGAUUACUGAUGUAAGUGACUUAGUGUUUAAGUAGGAUUCUGUUGUUAGCAAUCCUUCAAUUCUUUGACUUCGGCUGGGAUUUUGUUAUCAAUCUGCAUAAUGUGGUCCGGGUAUGUGUGAUACUAGCAUAUUUACUGAUUUGUUGGUGUCACCAAUUUUAGUUUCAGAUUUCCAACAUCUGCAUUUUUUUGCCUUUUGAUUAUGAUGUUUAUCUUAAAAAUAUUAUCAACUGUUCUUUGUAAUUGUAACAAACUUUGGUUAUCAUGUUAAAUAUAAUUUGAAUUUCCAGUUUUCUUCUAAUAUGCACAAAUAAGUGAAUAAAAGUUUACUGGAUA